CAUACAAAUACAUAUAUAUGUACGAUGUAAUGAGAAUGUGAAACAAGUAGCCGAGAACUUUUUAAUCAUUUAAUUUAUAACAUCUAUAUAUGCAUACAUUAAAAUUUACUUUUAUCAAGUAAUAAAUUUAUAUAGCCGGCAUGGAUAAGGAGAAACAGGCUGAGGUCCAGGCAGCCCAAGUUGAGGCCUUUGAGUCAGGAAUCUCACAAACGGGGUUUGGACUGUUCAACUAUAUUGUUAUAUUCUUAGCAGGAAUGAUGUCAUUCGCCAUUAUAUUUGCCACUAGUGUGGGAUCGUAUAUAUUGACGGCUAUGCAAACCGACAUAACUCUGUCGAUAACCCAAAAGGGUUUACUGAACGCCUCCCCAUAUUGGGGAAUGAUAUUUGGCGCCUUGAUUUGGGCACUUCUAGCCGACUGCAAAGGACGCAGAACAGUGCUCAUUAUAACUCAUCUGCUGGAUGUUAUUUUCUGUAAUUGUGCUGCUUUGUCACAGACCAUUACGUUUAUACUUUUAUUUAAAUUUUGCGCUGGAUUCUGCAUAUGUGGCGGCUAUACGACUUUCAUCAUCUAUAUGUCCGAGGUGCAUGAACAGAAAAAACGCAUUCGCAUGUUGUUCGUGAUCGGGCUUAUGUUGACAUCUGCAAGCGCUGUCUUACCGAUUUUGGCCAUGCCUAUUUUGCCUAACUAUUGGAGAAUCGAUCCUUUGGGCUUGCGUUAUACAUCCUGGCAAUUCUAUAUGACUGUAACAACAAUACCAAGCCUAAUUAUGGGGAUAUCUUUUAUUUUUCUACCCGAGAGCCCGAGAUUUGACAUCAAUGCUGGUAAAUCCUCGAAGGCGCAUCGCACAUUUCGAACCAUUUAUCAUAUAAACACUUGCAAACCGGCUGAUUCGUUUCCAUUACCACCUCCAACCGAUGCAGACACGUAUCGCAAGUUGAAUUUGCUCCAAGAACUUGGUAAAUUUCGAAUGGUUUUUCGUAAGGAGUACGCUGUAUAUGGAUUGCUGCUCUUCUCAACCGAUUUCUGUGUAUUCAUGAUACAGAACACAACACGCCUUUGGCAGCCAACGUUGAUUGCAGCCGCAGAAUCUUUAAAGGGUGUAACCGACAUCGACUUCUGUUGUCUCAUCGAGAAUGUGGUUUCGGCCACAGAAUUAGCUGUACAACAGGAAGCUAAUAGAAAUGAAACAAUGACGGAAGUGAAACCAAGUGGUUGGCGUCUAAACUGGACCUAUUACUCGAAUAACUUGGUUUUCAGUGCCAUUGACUUUGUAUGUAUUUUUGCAGCAUUUUUCUUUCUAAACUUUUUCGGGCCAAAGAUCGUGCUUAUUAGCGCAUUUACACUCACUACCAUAUUGGCAGCCGUUCUUUACUUUGUUUCCAAUUAUUUGGUACUUGCUGUACCGGCAUUUUAUCUGGGAGUCUCCCAUGUGGGCACCAUAUCACUGAUCAGUUUAGCUGUCCACAUGUUUCCGACCUCAGUUCGUGCGACAUUUAUGUUUACAUCGGUUACACUGGGGCGGCUCUCUACAACCGUUGGGCAUGUGGUAAUGCCUAAAUUAAUGACGAUUGGCUGCAUUCCGGUUAUACUUUGGAUAUUCAUAUUCUCCCUAGCUUCCACUAUUAUAUCUAUUUUUCUACCUAAUGCAGCGCAUCUGAAAUUGAAUUAGGAGGCAGUAUAAAUUUCAUUUAAUAUACAUUUGUUUAUAGAUAACAUGAAUAAUAAUUUUUUAAAGUCCUAAGAACUAUAUGCGUGUCAUUUUGAAUCGUAGCGGGCCCUCCGGCGCAUACAUGAAGGUCACGGCGUAUUCUAAAGGCGCAUGAUUGUACUCAAGCUUGUAGUUGCGCAACAGCUUGGCGAGCAGGAUUUGCAUCUCCAAGUCGGCAAAACGUCGGCCCAGGCACAUUCGAGCCCCAUAGCCAUAAGGAAGCGAAGCGAAAGGAUGGAGCUUGCCUUCGAAUCCGCCCUGUUGGGUCUUUAGCCAACGUUCAGGCCUAAAUGUCGCCGCAUCAGUUACAUAUUCCUCCAUGUUGCCAGUAACUAUGGUGGGGAAUACUGCCUGAACGCCUUUGGGAACUUGAUAUCCACAUAUAACGCUGUCCUCCAUC